UGGUAUAACCUCCAGCCACUUCCUGUCAAAUGCGUCAUUUCUUUUCGUUCUCUAAAACUAACUGUUGUCUCUACACUCAUAGCUUCUGUAAUGGCCAAUAAAGCUGGCAGUCUUCUGAUUUUUAUAAGCAUUCUUCAAGGAACUCUCAGUCAGACUGUCUUCAUAGAACACAAAACAGAGGUGAAUGCAGCAGUUGGACAGAACAUCAGCCUGCCUUGCAUCUUGUCCCAGAAGGAUUCAAAAAUCAUCCAGUUACAAUGGCUUAAACAGGGAAAACAUGAAGAACAAACUCUAGUGGUGUUUAAUCCUUCGUUUUCUCCUAUUUACAAUGCAAAUAUAAAAUUGGAGCCGAUGAUAGAAACAAACACCACAAAGCUGCAAGGCUCCAUCUUGCAUUUGCAGGAAGUUACAGAGAAGGACAGCGGUGUCUAUGUUUGUGAUAUCACCUCAUUUCCUCAUGGCAACAUCAAAAACUACACAAAAGUACAAGUUACAGUUCCAAAAGUUUCAGUGAAGGUCACCGACAGGACUGUAAGUGAAGGAGACACAGUGAGCAUCACGUGUGUCUGUAAUCCCCCACCUGACAAGUACAUGUUAUCAUCCUCAUUGAGUCAAUCAAUAAUGGAAAAUCAGGAUGGAAAGUUCAUCAUUCAGAACAUUACUCGGCACAUGACUGACUUGAUCUGUCAGCCGCUCUGGGACUCAUCAAACCAACGCUUACAAAUCCUUAAUGCAACUGUGCACCUGACUGUAGACUUUCUUGACAAUAUAGAGUGUAAUUCGGAGAACCAGAUACAAGUUGAAACUGGGACAAAUCUGACGAUUACCUGUGAAGCAAAGUCUUCUAAGUUCUUGCAUUUUGUCUGGAUGAAGGACAACAUGACAGUGUCCUCUAAUGCCAGUAUAAAUCUGUGGUCAGUGAGUUCUGAUCAAUCUGGAAUUUACACCUUGAGGGUUUACACUGGAAAUCUCCGUCUACAUAGACAGAAGGAUUUUACAGUUACUGUGAUAAAUAGGACACACACGGAACAUCUGAGCAGCACCGUGAUCAUGGAAACAACACCUCAGAUAAGCAGCACAACUAUGACAACACCAGAACUUAACGUUACAACGCCAACAUUAGAAGCACAAUAUAACAACAGCACCUCUGAUACCACGUCUACAGAGGAAGUCAUGUAUAUCAGCACUUCAACGCCACCUACUGGAAACGUCACCAUGGUGCAUGUAAACCUCACAACACCACACACAGGGUUAAAGAGCUCAGACACCACCUUCACACAUAUGACAACUGAGUGCAGGACAAUUCCUAAGAUUUCAUCUACAACCAGCCCAGGAUCAACCAGCAGAGAAAUCAACUAUGUAUCUCCAGAUGUAAGCACCAGUAAGUCACAUGGUGUGUUUAUCAUUCCUUUUCUUCUCAUGUUGGCCCUGGUUGGGUUUCUUUACCGGCAAUACCACAUUCAGAAAAGGCUGGAUAUGCCACCGCCAUUCAAACCUCCUCCGCCACCAGUGAAGUACACAUCAGCAAGAAAUCACAACAUACUUGUUACUGACAUUUUAGUGUGAUGGACUUCUACAUCAAAACAGAGCAUUUUAUACUGACUGUAUGUGGCUUUUCAUGUGUGUUGAUUUAAGUUAACUUAAGUUUUUGGUUUAUUUUGAUAUUUUAUGUCUGCCUGUAAUAUAUGUAAAUACAUAACCUAUCCCUUAUUUUGUGAGCAGGAACCCUAUUUCACACUCUGACAUUUCUACACUUUUACCCUCUGUCUUCCCUUGAAAUAUCUGAAAGGUCAAAAAGCAUGAAGAAGGGAACAGGAUGUGUUAAAAAAAAAAAAGGCAAAAAAAAAUGAAUGAAUAUUUAGUCUUAGAUAUAGCUAUAUGAAGACCAAAAUAAAACUCUAUUUUGAUCAAAUUUGAUAAUAUUUUUGAAGUAAGAGAAAUGGAAAAUAAUGGCAUAAAUUCUAUUAUAAUGCAGUAGCUGCUGCAUCUGAUGAUAUAAUGUUAUCCAAAUAUCUAAAAUGUAAAUAAAUUAUAAAGUUUAUUUCCAGGCAUGUCCAGGCACUGAAGAUUUAUCCAGAAAUCUUUUGCUUGUUGUUGUUUUUUUUUUGUUUUGUUUUGUGUUGUUUUUUAAACAAGGCCAUAAAUGACAUUUUUAGAUUUCUCCAUGUGACACUACUACACUGAAAAAACUAUAUUAAAAUGAUAUAGUGAGCUAGAAGUGUUUACCUUUGAUUGUUAUGUUUUUAUGUGAAAAUCGUUUUUUUCUAUAUUUUAUAUUCUAUAUUUUAUUUCCUGUGAAUCACCUAUUUUUUUUUAAAUAAAAGCUUUAAACUGGUGCUAGAUGCACCUGAUAACUGA